AUGGAGGAAACGGAUCCUCACAUGGGAAUGGCCGUUACUGGUAUUGCACUUUUAUCGGUAACUGUGGUCAUCGCAUUUUGUGCUGAGUAUCUGAUUGCAUCCAUCAAGGAAACUGCAGUCCGCUAUUCCAUCUCGAAGGCCUUCAUUGGCAAUACUGCAGAACAUGUCACUUCAGCCUGGAUCGCAAUGAAAAAUAGAUACAAGCUCAUCAUCACCAUUUUGCGUCGGGAAUUUGAUUUUGGAUGGAUGAUCAUGUAUUGCAUCUCUCGAGGUGUUGUUCUCACUGUCCUUUUUGUUAGUGUCGACCAAGCCCUGACAUUGCACUUCCACGACUUCGAGACAAUCGUCUUCUUUAUUUCUGAAUUCCUGGUCAACAUAUUACUCAUGGACAGAAAAGGAAGUCUUAUGCUCAUUACCCUCUACUUGGUCAUCGCUGUCGCAUUUUGGGUGGCCUGA